AUGCAGCAGCCACUGGUGCAGAUGUCCCCUCAGAUGGGGCAUUCGCCCCUCUAUUUUGACAACUUUCACCAUGUCCACCUCAGGCCCGAAUAUAUCUUCGCUCUGCAGCAGCAGCAACUCCAGCAGCAGGCCCAACACCAGUAUUAUCUCUCCCAAAGUCGAUCUGUGAGGCCACAAUCUUUUCAUCAGGCCGCUGCGGUGGCUGCUCCACAACGAACCGUUGCCUUUCCGAUUCGCAAUUCGCAAUCGACGGCUGUUUCGCUUGGCAGCCAGGUUCCGCAUUCGCAACUGCAGCACCAUCUACAAAACAACGGUCGACCCGUCCCAAAUCUAGCCCCUGGCGCUGGCGGCGGUGCAAACGGGGCCGCAUUUCCUUACAUCAAUAGCGGGCGUAGCCUUGCCGAACGAUUUCAGGAACACCAACUACGCCGGAAAACGCCAAAUGGAACCAUCGAUGCCGGGUACGAUGGAUCACCGUCCAGCCUGGCGACGGGCCCGCCACCUUUCAAGCAGAUGGCCUUGUCGGUGCCCUCGGUCAUUUUUCCCACCGCAGUGGUCCAACAAAAUGGUCCUGUUCGAAGGAUGCAGAUGCAGCAGCUCGUCGCUGCCACCGCCACCACCACCGGCCUGCCCUCCAGAUCAAACGUUGUCGCGGGACAGCCUUUGGUACAGACCGACGUGUGGCCAUAUCAACUGACAAGUGUGAGGGCUGCAACUUCUGCCGCUGCCGCUGCUUCUGCAGCACGUUCUGGCUUUGGGGCACCGUGGAUGGGCCCAGAAACCAUCAACCCGGAAGCUGCAAAAGUAGCGGCUACCUUAAAUAAUGUCCCCAAUAUGGCAGCAUGUCAGGGAGCUCUACUACAAGCGUCUACGUUUUUCGAUGAGCCGAGAGGCCACGACAGUAGCAACAUGUUUCCCCAGCCUGUCUUUUCACCAUCUUAUCAAGCAUCACCUGGACCGACAGCCUUCAAUCCAACCAGCUUCAAUCCCCAGCCCAUUUGGCCCGACUCUGCAUUGUUGCAGAGUUACCAGACGCAUGGGUUCCCGCUCACCAAACUUGUCAAUGUCGACAAUAGCCUUAGCCCAAUACCGCAGAUUGGGGUAUGCAAUGCGAACUACAGGCAGACUGCUCAGGCUACCCAGCCGUUGUUUCCUCUCGCUGCGCCUAAUCUCAACAUGGCACCGUCUAUCACGGCUUCCAGCCAACCGAACAUGUUUAGCUACCACUCAGCACAAAUCUCCAGCUAUAAUACUGGCCAGUUUCACCAAGGCGUUCAAAGGCAAGCUCCGGGUCGGAGCCAAAGUCAGCAACCUAUGAACAUGGACAGCUCGGCAAUGCUACAUUCUCCGAUACAAGCAUUGCAAAUGCUGUCUAUGGGACCGCCUUCCUCUGCUCUUCCAGCCGCUGUAAACAUUUCCGCAACUGGCGAGGGUCUCGUGCAGUUUAAAGAACGUGUGUUAGCGCAAGGAGAGAAGACAUACGCCGAACUCUUAGUGCACCUAACCCAUACCAAGAAAUCACUCAACGGCAGGCCUCUCCCAAGUCUACGACCGCCGAUGAAGACAUCUAUGCACUCAAAGUCCUCGCAGCGACAACAGCAACAGCAGGCAUUUUCUGCGUGUGGCCUCGUGUCUGAACCGCACAUGGCCGCAGUUCAGAUGUCCCAUGGAAGGCAAUCACUUCUCGACCAUCGUCACGGUACAGCUCAUUAUCCGUCAGCGAUAGUUAACGAUGCCGGGAUUUACCAACCGUCUGUAGCCAAUAUCCACGGCGCCCAAGCAGCAGUCCAGAACAUGUUUUUUCCACAUCCUCCUCUCAUCCCGCAAGCGAAAGCCACGUUGGAGUUACUGUCAAGUCUGUGCGAGCAGAGCGAUUGGAAGUGGACUGACGGCAUGCUGCUUGGCGGUUGUUUGCACUACGGUCUAGAUCAUUUCGAGCAAGCUUUAGAAUGGUUCAAUCGGAUUUUGUCUCUAAAUCCUGGCCAUGUCGAGGUCGUGUCUAACAUUGCCGCCACGCUCUACUGUCUCGACCGUCGCGACGAAGCGGAAAAGUUCUGGUAUCAGGCCAUUCAUGCCCGUCCCAGCUAUCUCGAACCAGCAGAACACUUGGCCAGCCUUCUUGCUGCUGACCAGCGGAACCACGAGGCUGUGGAUAUGAUUGACUUUGUCCAGGACUCUUUACGCAUACAAAGGCCCAUCGGGUCCGUAAAUAGUGGCAGCAGUGCCAACUGUGGAGGGGGUCCAGAAGUUGCCGGUACAACUCCAAUUUCGGGCUACAAAGUAUCUGUCCAUAACGAUGACAGGGACUCAUCAUCGCAGGGCUCGCCCGACAACACCAACACACAGCCCGGGUUUGGUUCGAGUGGCUAUGCAGUGCCAGGACACGACAAUGGACGGAUGCUCAUUCUGAUUCACACCAAGGCAAAUAUUCUAUAUGCGAUGAAGGAAACUGCGUCAGCAUCCAAGGCAUACGAGGAGGCUGUUCUUAUCGGCACCGGCCGGGGGUUCCAGCGCAUCCAGACUCUGAUACAGCGUGUCCACGCCACCCUGUCUCCUGCCGACGUCUCCCAAGGCAGCCUUUCCUACUUUCCACGAUCAACAGCAAGCCCCCCUCUCUUGUCACCAGACAGGGCGAAGCUAACGGCGCACCUUGUUUUCGCUUCUACUCAUGGUCAGCUUCCUGGCCUUCGCUAUAUUCCAGAGAGCCAACAUCGGAAGUCGGCCAUCGCGACAACUAGCAACGCCCUACUCUCCAUGGCCAAGAUCCUUCAGGACGGCAUGGCAAGCACUGGUUAUGCACCCGCCGGGCCAAAUGGCCAGGGCUCUGCAGUUGCAGAUAUACUGGCGCUGUACUACCUGUCGUUGUCGCUUCAGGAAAGCCCUUCAACUGCAAAUAACGUGGGCAUCCUGUUGGCAAGCGUGCAGCAAACUCCAAUUCCGUCGGACUCGCAGUCGCAGAGGCAGAAACCACAGCAGCAGCUGUCAUCAGUCGUGGAGCCAGCCACAAAGCAGGCCAUUCCUGCCGGCAUCACUCCUGGCAGCGGCUUGGCCCUGGCCUUUGCGUAUUACAGCUAUGGCCUCCGACUUGACCCAAAGCAUGUCCAUCUCCACACCAAUCUCGGCAGUUUGUUGAAAGACGUUGGACAAAUAGAUCUUGCAAUCAAGAUGUACGAGCAAGCUGUUGCGUGCGACGGCACAUUCGAUAUCGCCUUGACGAAUCUGGCGAAUGCUGUAAAAGACCGUGGACGCAUUUUGGACGCGAUUUCAUACUACCGCCGCGCCGUCAUAUCGAACCCAGACUUUUCCGAGGCUGUCUGUGGGUUGUCAACAGCUUUAAACUCAGUCUGCGACUGGAGAGGCCGGGGCGGCGUUUUUCUUGAAAACGGUCGCUACGACCGCUGGCAUGUCGAUGACGACGGCAUGCUGCGAGAUGUCUGCCAGACGUGGCAUGGCUUGGGCCUCACCAAGCGUGUUGUGGAUAUCGUGAGCCGUCAGUUAGAGGAAGGAUCUAGCUGGGGGAAGGGUGUCUUGCACGAAAGUGCCAUUGCAAUGCUCGCGUGCCAGAUGAAGGAUGCGACUGGUGUCCUCGGCAGGGAUAGCGGCUUCGACAUUGGAGAAGGUGGCGGCGACGGCGUCAACUCGGCAGAAGUUGCAACAGAGCUACAGAAAUGGGCCAAUCAGACUGGAGAGGGCUCGCGAGUGCUCCGGCUAAUCGAGCGCGCCACUCGUGUUGUUAUGCGACGCUGGUACCACGACCGAUACGUUCGUGGUGUCGAGGUGCCCAACAACUAUGCGAGGCCGAGAUUGCCAGCCAGCCUGACGGUUCCUGCAGCACCAACUGUGCUUCCUUUUCACACGUUCACCUGCCCCCUUCCGGCCAAGGACGUUCGUCUGAUUUCUCAACGGAAUGCACUCAGGAUUUCCUGCUCAACGCUGCGCUCGCCUUGGCUAUCGGGCUCAGUUUACCCUCCACCUUCCCCUCCACAGCCCCAGCUGAAUAUCGGCUACAUCUCCUCUGACUUCAACAACCAUCCUUUGGCGCACCUGUCGAUACAUCGCCAGCAAAUCGAAAGGGAAGCACCAGUAUUUCGCGAUGUGACCAAUUGGGCGCCCGAACGUCUGAUCGAGCAGAUCCUCCAGGACAACAUACACAUCCUUGUCAACUUGAACGGAUACACACGCGGGGCAAGGAACGAGAUCUUUGCUGCCCGGCCGGCGCCCAUCCAGAUGGCCUUUAUGGGCUUUGCUGGUACUCUCGGUGCUGAAUGGUGCGACUACUUGCUUGCUGAUACCACGGCUGUUCCGCCCUCUACACUGCGACCAUGGCGAGGCAAUGUCAGCAUCGGUGACGUUUUCCGCGACGAGGCUGAGGCCGGCCAAGAGAACUGGGUGUACUCGGAAAACAUUAUCUACUGUCGUGAUACGUUCUUUUGCUGCGACCACAAGCAAUCGGCCGAGGCGUCCGAACGAGCAAUGACCUGGCAGGAUGAGCAACGCCGACGUUGGAAGAUGCGCAAAGAACUGUUUCCAAACAUAUCUGAUGAUACAGUCAUUUUGGGAAACUUCAAUCAGCUUUACAAGAUCGACCCUACGACGUUCCGAAGCUGGCUGCGGAUACUAGCUGGUGUUCCAAACGCCAUCUUGUGGCUACUUCGGUUUCCUGAAGCAGGCGAAGCCAACCUGAGAAGAACUGCGCUCACUUGGGCUGGGGAAAGCGUGGCCUGCCGCAUCAUUUUCACAGACGUCGCUCCCAAGCAUCUGCACAUUGCGCGUGCCAGUGUCUGCGAUAUUUUUCUUGACACGCCCGAGUGCAAUGCGCACACGACUGCGGCUGACGUUCUGUGGUCCGGCACACCGCUUCUCACUCUUCCACGUUAUAAUUACAAGAUGUGUUCUCGCAUCGCCGCAUCAAUCCUGAGAGGGGCGUUGCCCAAAGAUGCCGAGGGCAAACAAGCAGCAGCUGAGCUGAUCGCGGUUGACGAAUCCGAUUAUGAAAAGUCGGCGAUCAGGCUCGCCAACAAUAGUACUUACACUAUGAAGCGGUAUACUGGCAAUGGAACUGACGAGCUCUACGGCGAAGGACACGAUGACUAUUCUCUGGCAGCUACCCUGUCUUGUCUCGAGAUCGAAUACUCGCCCGGCAUCAUCGUCGUCGUCCCACAAGCUAUCGUUUCUGUACCACAGAAGCUCAUUGGUCGUUGA